GACCUGAUUAAACAGAACAGGGAAAUAGAGAGGGGGAGCUAGACUAGAAACUAGAAACAGAGUACAGAGAAACAGGGAUAGAGAGGGAAAGAAACAGAAAGGGAGAUGAGCACAAAGGAAAGAGGAGAGACACAGAUGGAGAUUUGGAGAGCAGGGCAGAGAAUGUGAGACAGAGAGGGAAGGAGAGAAAUUGAAGGCAGAUACCAAGGAAGAAAUACAAUAGAUUGGAGAACAACAAGACAUUAACAAAGAAAACCAUGGUCUCGGAUGAGGCUCAUUCCAUUAGACCUGUUCUUGUGUUAAUUAGCUACUGCUGAAUAUCUAUUCAGAGACAGAGGGUCUAUUUCAAGAUGCAGGGGUCUCUUGUGGAUUUGCAGUUCUGAUGCUGCUGUGAGAAGAUUGUUACAUAGUAACAGAAAGGAUAAGAGACUGAUUCCAGAAAAUAGGAUCCUGUUUUCUUGUAUACAGUCUAUCAGUACAACAUUAACUCUUAGUAAUCAGAGCAAACACAGGUCUGGACUGUAUCCCUGGAUUUUAUACUUCUCCAUUUUGAAUAUUUUUAUUGUUGUCUUCCGCCUGCCUUGGUUUUUAAGAUGUAUGUAUAAAAACAGGCCUAGUCUAGAUUUCAGCUUGCCCCAGGUGAUCCACAGUAUUUUGUUCUUCUCUUUGCAACCUGGUUUCAGUGAUGUAUGCAUUCUAUUCACUGCUCGUCUACAUUUUAUACACCCUCUUCAAGAGAAAGGGGCCUAUCGAGGAUGAGACAGGGUCACAGCUGGAGGAGGGCGCCUCGGCUCAGGUAAGAGACUCAGGGCCUGGCAGUGUCUCCAUAGAAACAAUGAGCAGGAGAGGGAGAGAUGGUCCGCAUCUGUCUGUGAGAGAGGGUGUGUGUACUGGGCUCACAGACUCUGACAGCAGCAGCUCUGACAGUGAAGGACUCUGUCUAAGUGAGGAAGAUGAUGAUGGUGAUGAACACUUGCUUGGAGAUGCUACCUCCCCUCUUGCUGAGUUCCUGUCCUUCAAACAGGAAGCUGUUGGGGGAAGGCAUAAGGAGGCUCUCCAUGGAAAGGUACAGCAGGCCAUGGACUCGCCUCUCCUGUCUGUCAUGUCACACCUGCUCACAUUCCUGGAGCGCUACUCUCACAUGCAGCGUCUUCAGCAGCGAGCCCAAGAGUACCGCAGCCAACUGCGAGUGCUCGAGACGCAGCGCAGGAAACGAAUCAAAGAGCUGAGAGCCGCAUACCGGCAGAAACUGAGAGACAAAAUGAGUGUGAUUGGCAACUUAGAAGGAGUCAUCAGUGAGCAGCAGAGCCUAUUGGAGAAGAUUCAGACCGGCGGUGGCAGCCUGUACCCCCAGUACCCUGUGCCUGUCUUGUCCCCCCUCAGCCCCCAUGCUCAGGGGGGGAUUCACCAGCUGGUGGAGUCCAUCUCCUCUCUGCAGCGGGAGAGGAACACGCUGCUGGACGAGCUGGCGUCACUCAGGCAGGAGGUGGAGCAGAGGGGCUCUGAGAAACAGAAGCUCGCUUCUGACUUCCAACAGCAGAUUCAAGAUCUGAAGCAGAGUAUCGAGGAGCGAGAAGAUGAGUUGAUUCGGCUUAGAACAGAGACGGGAGUGACAGACUCUGAGAAGAGGAUCCUCCACCUGACAGCGGAGAACGAGAGUCUGAAGCAGAGCCUGAGUGUCACCCAGAGACUCCUGCAGCAGCUAUCUAGCAUCCCUUCACAGUCCAACACAGCCCUCAUCAAGGAGAACGAGUCAUUGAGGACCAGGGUUCUCCAGCUGGAGACCUCCUUGCAUCUCCGAGCUGAGCAGCUGUCUCAACUGGAGAGAGAGAACGAGCAGACAGAGUGGAGGAAGAGAGAAGAGCUGAGGCGACUCGAUGACAGGAUACAGGGUCUGCAGCUGGAACUGGAAAAGGAGAAGGGCAAAGAACCAGAGAUACAGUACAUUUCUAAAACUGUGGAGGUGGAGUCUCCUGGAACUCUCAGAUCACUGGUUAAGGCCGAGGAGAGAAACAAGCAAUUCGCUGAGCAGCUUUCGGACCAGAGCAAGAGGUGCAGUCACUUGGAGGAGCAGCUCAGGGGGUCAGAGGAAAUAGCUGCUGGCCUGAGGCACAAGAUUGUGGAGUAUGAGUCGGAGAUUGGGAAACUGAGAGAGGACCUGCUAAAGGAGAUCACUCACCUGGAGGCCACGAAGGAUGAGGCAGUGAAAGAGGCAGCAGAGUGCUCCGAGCAGCACCUGGACCAGCUCCGUGAGCAAUUCACAGGAGUGCAGAGUCACCUGGUAGCCCUCCAACCUGCCCUUAGGUCAAUGAAGAGCAACUACAACAGUCUGCGGAGCCAAGUGUGCAACUUCUCACAGUUCUAUGAGGUGGCUGUGACCGAGGCCAAGAGACAGAUUUGCUCUGUUGUCAGCGAAGUCUCUGAGGCCAAUCGGGAUCUCCUGGAAAAGUAUAGAAAGGAAGUGGCCCUGCGCAGGAAGUACCACGAGCAGCUGAUGGAGCUCAAAGGUAAUAUCCGUGUCCUGUGUCGUGUGAAGCCUGUCACGGCUGAGGAUCAGCAGGAGGGAAGCCACGCCACAGUGGUGACAACAGACCUUGACAAUGAUUCAGUUGUCACCAUGCUGCAUAAGGGGCGGGACCGAACAUUUGAGCUCGACAAGGUCUUCCAGCCCCAGGCCACACAGGAAGAGGUGUUCCAGGAGAUUGAAUCCUUGGUGACUUCCUGCAUUGAUGGCUACAAUGUGUGCAUCUUUGCUUAUGGGCAGACCGGCUCAGGAAAGACCUACACCAUGGAGGGCAGCGUAGAGAACCCUGGGAUUAACCAGCGUGCUUUGAAGGCUCUGUUCAGUGAGAUCGAGGACCGGAAGGGCAUUUGGAGCUACCUCAUCACAGUCAGCUUAGUGGAGAUCUACAAUGAAGUGCUCAGGGAUCUCCUCAGUAAGGAUCCCAGUGAGAAGUUGGAAAUCAAGAUAAAUCCUGAUGGGAGUGGGCAGCUGCAUGUCCCGGGGCUGAGGGUCAUCGAGGUGAAGAGCUUUCAGCACAUCAAGAAGAUUCUGGCUCUGGGCCAAAGGAACCGGAUCACUCAUGGCACCAAGAUGAACCAGCACAGCUCCCGCUCACACGCUCUGCUCACCAUCACCGUGACUGGCACUGACCUCACCAGCGAAGCCAGGACUACUGGGAAGCUGAACUUGGUGGACCUGGCUGGUUCAGAGCGUGUGUGGAAGUCAGGGGCAGAGGGAGAUAGGCUGAAGGAAGCUCAGAACAUUAACCGCUCCCUGCUGGCUCUUGGGGAUGUUAUCCAGGCACUGAGAGCCAAGCAGACACACGUCCCCUUCCGAAACUCCAGACUCACCUACCUGCUCCAGGACUCGCUUGGCAAGGGCAAUAAGACAGUGAUGGUGGUGCAGAUCUCCUCACUGGAGUCGAAUGUGGGUGAGACGAUGUGCUCCCUGAAGUUUGCACAGAGAGUCUGUAAAGUGGAGCUCGGCCCAGCGUCACGGAAAAUAGAGUCUCCCGGCAGCUCAGACUUUUUCUCUUAGGAGCUACUCUGUCAAUGCACUCUCUCAUCUAACAGCUGCAGCAGCAGUGAAAAAUUUUAAGCAAAAAUAUAUAAACACAUAACCCUCAGUGACAAUGGUGCUAAUGCUUGGGCUAUAAACUCCAUUCAGAGUGGAGGUUUGAUAACACAGCUGAGGUAGUAAACCAGCGGUGCAAGGUUAUUUUUGCUGUAGGAGACUUAGGUGUUGUUGCUUGCCUAUUUCUAAGUAGCUCUGCUGAAGCUGGCUUUUACCCUUGGCAGUGUCUUUCUACAGUGCUACACAACCUCUUCCUCAAAGUCACGCACUGACUUUCCUCUUUGCAUUAAAUAAGACAUGAAACUGUUUACAGAGUUAGGGAAAAGGAUGCUAAAGAUGAUUAAGGGCACAUUCACACCUAGUUCAUUUGACCCUUUGAUGUGGAAUGAAGUGCGGUUCGGUUCGCUUUGAGUGAUAUGUGAAACCUCUGAGAACCAUGCAAUCGCACCAGGAUGCGCAUCAAGCCAAGUCACUUGAAAUGGUGGUUUUGGUUCGCUUGUAAGGGGACUCGGUAUGUUUGCCACUUUGCUUCGGUUUAACUUUUUGCAAUGUGAAACAAAACGUUUUCCAUUUCACUUGGAAACGAACCGAUCCAACAAUGAAGCAAAUCGUGGAAGUGACGUACUUCAGCAGCACCAAGGAAAGUGUCUCCUUGUCGCACACGCAACGCAGGGCUUGUCAAGAAACACACACAUACACACCAGACAACGACACCAUAAUGUCACAUGUACACAACAGCGCAAAACAAAACAAAUACUGUAGGGCUGAUUUACUAACUGCCACAACCUGACUAUUCAGUGAAAUUACACUAAUAGUGUUUGAGAUUUAAUUACUAUUGCAGCAAGCGUGUUCUUUGUCUGGCAUUAUUAUAAUUGUGCCAUUACAUUGUGCGGUACUGUCUGUACUACUGUAUUAGUCACUGUUGCAUUUGCUCUGCUCCACCUGAGUUCAGUAAACCAGCUCCUGUUGCAUCUGUAUCUCACCACACUGUCACACGUACAACAUUCACAACAAGCCAUUAUUAUUAUUAUUAUUAUUAUUAUUAUUAUCAUCAUCAAUAACACCUAAAUUGCAGUUGGUUGAAUGUACACAUACAUCAUUUUCACAAUCAUGAUUGCCUUGCAUUUCCUCCAAAGCAACUGUGUUUUUCCAACAAAUACUUGACACUCUUUCGGCAUGUUAAGCCCACCACACACUGCCCGACUCAAGCCAUCCCGACUCAUCUCAAACCGAUUAGUCAUAAGGGUGUCAACCAAUGGUGAAGCAGGUUUAAGUGACGUAGCUUAUGUAACUUUUCAUACAAGAUGGCGGAAUAUAGUUCCACAGGUAAAAAUACAUUAGUCUUGAAUUGCUCUGAGUGUCCCAAAAUAAAAAAUACCAGAUAUGUGCACAUUUGAAUAGUUAUUUUAGGAAUUUACUAAUCAAAGGUAAAUUAUCAAUUUACCUUUUUAUUAUCAAUCUACUGGCAGCCUAUAUUUUCUUACUGCGCAGAAACAGAAGUAACCAGUGUGUCGAUCUCCAAUAGGUCCCAAAUCACAAGCCCCUAGAUCCGCACGCUGAGAAAAAAAAAGUCAAAUAAAAAUCAAAAGGUUUUUAUUUACCACAAGCUAAAGUGUAGUAGACAAACUAUACAAAAAGUCAAACACUGCCUGAAACGUUUGCACGGUGUAAAUGGUCAAUUAAUUAAUAGGCUAAGCGCUUUUGGUUGCCUCGCAGCGCUGUCUCCGCCGUUUAAUCAGCAUACGAUGCCAUGCAUAAUAUGAGGGUCGCUAUGUUGGGCUAAGUUAAUACAAAAAUGUGUACAUGGCAGUAUUAAUUAAAUUUGCAUACAUAGUAAUCACCAGUAUAUAGUUGUGGUCAGUAAUUCAGUCUUAGCAGUGUGCGACACCCAGUCGGGAAAAACUCAUUUGUGACGUCAAACCAGAACUGAGCACAACUGAUCGCAGAAUCUGUGCACACUAAGAUGAGAUGAGUCGGGACGGCUUGAGUCGGGCUGUGUGCGGCGGGCUUUAGGUUUCUUCGACAAUGAUUUGACAUUGUAAGCACUAAAUAAACCAAAAUAACACGGACAACAGCACAAUCACAUCACAUAAAGUAUUAUCCAUGUUGGGCAUGAUGGAAAAGGUUUUUUCAGAGAGAACUUCAGCUCUAGUAAUCAGCAAGAGAGCCAAGUGCAUUUGGAAAAGUGAAAUGUGAAACCAAUAGAACUGGAUGAAGCUGCCAGUGAACCAAACAAACACAUCUGAAUGAACUUUAAAAGAAACUGAAGUUCGCUUGAAUUUUUCUGGUGUGAAAGAACCGAAGCUAACUUGAAAAACAUUAGAUUGUUUGCAAGUGAACCACGAUUUGAAUCACUUGCAAGUGAACUAGGUGUGAAAGUGCCCUAAAUCAUACAAACCCCUUCCCCGUUAAUCCAAAGCAUCCACUCUGAAUUUAAGUCUUUAGACACCAUCAUUACCAAUCCAAUUUCCAUAUUGUUAUUGCUUAAAAAAAACUGCUUAAAACAGUUAUUCUGGAGGCAAAUUAAGAAGUGUCAUUUUAAACUUAGGUACACUGAAAUCAUGUGCAUGCAUACUGUAUACAGAUCCUUGACAUAGUUAUAUGAAACUGAAAAACAAGACAAAUAUGUUCAUCAGUCAGCCAUUUUAGAUAAGAUCCCCUUCAAAUCAUGCUGAAGAGAAAACCUCAAAAACAGUCAUGAAUUAAAAAUAACCCCUUCAAAUUCACCUUGGGAGAUAAAGUGUCUGAAAUAAUGUUUCCCAGAAAGCUCUUGGAUAAAACAAUGUUGUGAAGAAAUACUAGCUCUUUACUUGGAAAACAGUAGAACAUGUGAAUAGUGCUUAAUCUGAUGCUUCUUGCUAAAAUAUAUCAAAUAAUAAUAAUGAUAUUAGUAAUAAUCAAAUGCUAUUUCAUAGCCUCUAUUGUAUGUCGCUAAAACUGAACAAAAUGCUAGCAGAAUGAUGUGAAUACGCUGAGGUUUGUAGUUAUAUUCCUUAUUACAUUCUAUAAGUGACUGUUGUUCAUUGGUUUGGUGUGGGGUCUGACAGCAGCACAAGAGGGUAGUAUGAAUCUAUGUGGGAAAUAAAUUUCAGUGUUGCCUAAAAGAUAAAGGUUAAAUUGUGCCAUGUUUAAGUGCCAUUUAUUACACAUUGAAUAAUUUCCAAUGUACAGUGUGUUUAUUAUAUAUCUCCAAUACUGCUGUAAAAGCUACUAUAUCCCUAUAAUGUCUUCCUGUUGCCCUUUCAAGUGAACUUGAAUCCUAAAGUUUUCUGGCAGCUUCCUGCACUAUAGUUAGUGGGCUCGCACACGCAAUAGCAGUGAAGUGCUUUACCAUAUGGAGAAGUAAAUGACAAUGGAAAUCUCCUGACAUUGAAUGUUUUACCUUAUGAAUAAACUGUGUAAUAUC